AUGUAUGGUGUUGAUGUGCCCUUUUACAGUAAUCUGAAAAUAAGACCUUCUGGAAGAAGAAGUAGCUUACUGAUGGCACGUUGCCUGCAUUUUGGCAAUUGUGGACAGACAAUGGCAUUUGGAAGCGAAAAUCACAGUCCCCAUAACACCCAGGAGAAAAGAAGCGCACAACAAAUAAGAAUACUUUACUUUUCACCAGAUGUAACUGUAGGGAUGUUGCUUGCCCAGAAUUGGAAAAAUGACAAGAUACUUACCAGGUGGACUAUUGGAUUAUGCAGAGAUGGCAAGACUAACCGGGAAAAUCAGAAAUGA